ACGCGAAGGCCUACUUCUCUUCCAGAUUCCAACCCCGUGCAUCAGCGAUAAGCUUUGUCUAACAAAUUUGACCCUUCCGUGAAAGGAGGAGGAGGAGGAGGAGGAGCCGUGGAGGUGAAGGCUACCAAUCAGAGACGAUCACUCUCCAAUAGAAAACCAUCAUUUGUCUUUUCGCGAACGCCCGAUUAUCCUUCCGCCUUUUUCCAGUUCAAAAUUUUACAGUUGACCCGCCAAAUUUGUCCAAUAUGCUGGCCCAUCUGAGCACCGUCGUCUCCAUGACCCCACACGGUGAUAAGCCCACCGUUGCAUUCACGACGCCGCCCAAUUAUGCGGCCAGAAUUUCCCACAUCCUCUCCCUCAACGGCUAUGAUCCCUUUUGGUGUCCCACUCUCAUUGUCGAACCCACCCCCCACACCAUCUCGAUGUUCAAACCUUACCUAUCACCUCACACCCUCGACCACUUCUCCGCCAUCGCCUUCACUUCCAGAACCGCAAUCCAUGCUUUCUCAGACGCUGCCGUGAAUCUCGUAGAACCACCGUUGUCACCUUCCGGCGAUACCUUUACCAUCGCGGCUCUUGGAAAAGACUCAGAGCUUAUCGACCUUAACUUUGUCUCGAAGCUGUGCGAUAAUUCGGAACGAAUUCGGGUUCUUGUGCCACCCACGGCGACACCGAGUGGCUUGGUGGAGUCUCUUGGGGUCGGCGGUGGCCGGAGGGUCUUGUGUCCGGUUCCGCUUGUUGUGGGGCUGGAAGAGCCUCCGGUGGUCCCAAAUUUCAUCAGAGAGCUCCAUGGCGGCGGGUGGGUCCCAGUUAGAGUGAAUGCCUACGAGACACGAUGGGCGGGGCCACGGUGUGCAGAGGGGAUUGUGAAGAGAGCCGAGGAGGGGCGAUUGAAUGUGCUCGUCUUCACGAGUAGCGCUGAGGUCGAGGGGUUUUUGAAGAGCUUGAAGGAAUUGGGAUUGGAUUUUGACGGAUUGAAGAACAUGUGCCCAGAACUAAUUGUGGCAUCACAUGGGCCGGUGACAAAGGAAGGAUCAGAGAGGUUGGGAGUGAAGGUUGAUGUGGUACCAGAUGAAGGCUUCGGAACACCAGUGAAUGGAUGUCUAACCACAUUGUAUCACCAUAACACCACAUUAUUUCUCAAUGGUGCAAGAAGUUUCAAGGUAAGAGGGAGGGAAGUUCAAAUAUGAAUAAUGCCAACUAUGGCUAGCAUUCAUAAUCUCUCACAUCUAAACGCUUGAAGCAGCAAGUGGGAUCGAAGCAUUUUCAGCGAUAAUUUCCCACAAGUGAAAAUGCGGGGGAAGAAAGAAACGAGCUCCCAACAACAUG